AAAGCCAUGUAAAGUUGUAACAACAACAAUUCACCAAAGUCCAAAGUUCCAAUUUCCAAACCCAAUCUUUGUAGACAAAGUGAGGAGUUGAGGACUAAACAUGGCGAUAUUACCAUUCUCAUUCUCACCCACUUCAUCUUCUUCUCUUCAUUUUCUCCCUCCUCUUCCCAAAUCCAUCACCUUAUCACCACCUUCAUCCAACCUUCCUUACUCUAAAUUCUCACCUUCUCGACGCCUUUUCACGCUUUCCGUUUCGUCGCCGGAUGUUUGCGACGCUCCUCAACAACAUCUCAUUGUCGAUAAAUCCGCUCUCAUUGUCGAUGAAGCCGUCUCCGAGGAACACCUUUGGGCUGCUGCAAGUCUCCGAAUUCGAACUUUUAAUGAAUUUAAGGACGAUUCUUUUGGUAUCGAGGAUCAUAAGAGGUACCUGGCUGAGCGCGAGUUUGAAGCGCUUAAAGAACGUGUUGCAGGCAAGAGGGAGGGCUUCAGAAGGGUGUCUUGCAUAAAUGCCUCCCUUCCUUUGUCACACUUAUCAGCUUUGUCCGGAGAUCUUUGCACUACAUGUAAGUUAUCUGAUGAUGGCGGAUUCAGAGUUGUGGUUGGGACACUUGAUCUAAAUCAAUGUCUGAGGCUUCCUGAUGAGGUGACAGGGAUGAGGCCCCAGGGUAUUGGAUCUGAUUUUGCGAGGGCUUAUUUGAGCAACGUCUGUGUAGCCAAGGAAUUGCACAGAAAUGGAUUGGGUUAUGCUCUCGUUUCAAAAGCAAAGAGUGUUGCUGCAGAAUGGGGCAUUACUGAUCUAUAUGUUCAUGUUGCUGUUGACAAUGAGUCGGCAAAAAAUCUGUAUAUGAAGAGCGGUUUCACCUAUGAAAGUGAAGAACCGGCAUGGCAGGCCAGGUUUUCAAACAGGCCAAGAAGAAUCAUUCUUUGGUAUGGUUUACCAAAUCCACACAACUUGUAAACUCUAUACCCAGCCACUUGCAAUUUCACGGGAUUUAUAAACCGCCGUCAAAUUAUUUUUCCUGAUCCCACUUUCCAUGCCCAUCCGUUAAGCAAGUUGCUGUCUCCUUUGUACAGGCAGGCCUCUCCAACUCCAUAAAUUGUUUGUAAUUUUUUGAGGAAUUUCUGAUCAUCUCUUUUUCAAAAUCUGAUAUGUAUAUACAUUUGAGUUUUGACUGGCAUACGGAUAAGGAAGGGUUCGUUAAGAAGUUAAUGUUAUGAUAUUGACUUGGCUAUUUGAAAGGUAGCUAUGACAUGAGAAGCUAAGGCAACAAGGACAUAAUUUUUCAAGGGUGAAAUGUAGUCUCUAAGGUUAGUUUAACGGGCAUCAAAGUGUUAAAAAAGUUACUCACUUCUUUUCUCACAAAAACCAAGGAAAUACGGGAUAACUUGGUGGGAGAAAUGGAAAAGGUGGGUUUAAGCCUUUAAGGAGAGAAUCAAUUAUAAAUAAGGAGAUGUGAGUAAUAAAGUAAAAA